AUCUGCGGCUGUGAAGAGACCAGUCCACAAAACUGACUGGCACCCGACUGUUGUUUUUCCAUUUGACUGGUGGGUGAAUUUGGUCGGAUUUUUGAGUGUAAACGCAAUAAAAAACCCUUUGAGACAGCUGUUUGGCGUCACCUACCUCACCUCAAACGUGACGUUACAUAAGGAGUGCACGUGACGCUGCGUGAGAGAAACGUCUGACAACAACAUUCGGAGCAGCUGAGCUGAGGUGACGGACUGAGGGCGGAUCACAACAAAAGCUCGUUCAAAACAAAAUAACUGGGCUGAAUCUUCUACGACCGUAUUAGAACAUUUGGAGGGACCAUGUCUUCAGUGAAAUGCUCAAGGUAUUCCCUGUACUGGGAGGAGACUGAGUGCCUGAGCUACUACGAGAUGCUUUCACUCCAUGAGAUCUUCGAAAUCGUGGGUUCUCAACUCACAGAGACUGACGUGGAAGUUUUAUCCUUUCUCCUGGACGAAACCUAUCCUGGUAAACAUCCUCUUGAUCCAGAGGGCUGGACUGAAGAUCUGCCUCCAGGACCUGAUGGAUUUCCACUGGCUAAUUCUCCAUGUCCUCGGCUUCUGAAGUCAUGGCAGAGAAUGCAGCCGCAGAAGGAGGGAUGUCCCAUCGCUAGUCGCCACCGACCCAAGAGUGGCGUCGAACUGCUGUUAGAGCUGGAAAGACGAGGGUACUUGAGCGAUGCAAAUCUAAGACCUUUAUUGCAGUUGCUGCGGAUUCUGACUCGACAUGAUGUCCUGCCUUUUGUCUCACAAAAGAAAAGAAGAACAGUUUCUCCAGAACGACAGAAGAUAGACUAUCCAGAGGUGGAUUUCAGACAAGACAGAGACUUGGGCUCAAACACAAAUAUACCAUCUUUUGAAAACACACAAGAUCAUCAUUGGAGAGCCGGUUCUGGCUCUUCAAUGACAUCAGCCACCAGCAUUCGAAGGAAGCGAGGAAGAGGUCACCACUGGAGCAGGAAAUCAAGAGGACAGCCUGAAAUCCAGCCUCAGUCAACACCCAACAAAGUGACCUGCGAUAUCCGGCUGCGGGUGCGAGCGGAGUAUUCGGAGCACGAGUCGGCUCUUCGUGGAGGAGUUUCCUCAGACAAGCCGCAGCCACUGGAGAGGCAGUUUGAGCUGUUCAGCCGGGCUAGUUUGCUGCUCCGUGCUCGCGAUCUGGGCUCCAUUGUGUGUGACAUCAAGUUCUCUGAGCUCACCAACCUGGACGCCUUCUGGGCGGAUUACCUGAGUGGGGCACUACUCGAGGCGCUGAAGGGGGUCUUCAUUACGGACUCCUUGAAAAGGGCAGCAGGGCAGGAAGGUGUCCGGCUGCUGGUUAGUGUGGAUCAAGAUGACUAUGAGGAGGGCAGGAAACUGCUGAUCAACAGCCAGACACAAAACUGGACAAACUGGGAAGCACAGAGGCCCUGAGAGAUUUCGGUUUCACCCAGGACCUUCGGCUGUGAUGGAUGAAGAUGUUUUGCCUUUUUAUUUCAUUGCCCAUUGAGUGCUGGUGACCCUGUGGGAUGGAGAUCCUGCUGGAGGAGUCAAGAUUAAACCGGCCAGCCAUUUUGUUGGACAUUGACCAUUUCUGAAGGAAACUGAUAGGAAAUUCUUGACCGUUCAGAGGAAAGAUUUGCAUCUCUGAAUACUAUUUACUCUCCCAAAGGUGGAAUGUGAAUUAAUUU